AUGAGAAACGAUAUUACAAAAAAUUUAUUUACUUAUGAUACUAGAUUUUUUAAAAGUAUUUUUGAUAAGUAUAUGAAAGAUGAAGAUUAUAGCAAAGAGUUGAAAAUAAUACACAAUUCUCGAAAUUUAUUAGAAGAGAUAAUUAGUAAAGAAAAUGGAUUAAACUUUUAUUUAGAUGAAAAUUAUGAUGAACAUUUUUUAGAAGACUUCAAAUUGCCAUUUUUUAAAAAAAUACUAAAGUAUAUAAGUGAUGUCGAUAAAAAAAAUGAAAGCCCAAUACAUAAAUGUAGAGAAAAUGAAAUUGUGGACAAUGAAAAUAUAGUAAAUAACAACCUCACUCAUAUUAAUAAUAAAGAAAGAAAGAUUCAUCAUUAUUUUAUAUUUAAUAAAAAAAUUAAUGUAAUAAAUAGUUAUAGAAUAUAUUAUUAUUGUUCAAAUAUUAUACAAUCAUUACCUUCUCUUACCUAUUUAUCUGUUAUUAAAAUAUAUUUAAAAAAUUAUCCAUUAAAUAUAUUUUUAUCUUGCAUAUACUUUUACACAUUUAUGACAUAUGUUUGUGAUAGAGACAAUGUAAUAGAAUUUUUUGAGUCAUUAAUUUUUUCUUUAAUAGUUACUACUGGAUUAUUAAUAUUAACAAUAGUGCACUAUAUAAAAGAAAACAAGAUAAGUUUAAUAACUUCCAAGUUAAAUGAUUAUAAAGAAAGCUAUAUAUGUAGAAAUUUUAUUAAAAAUAAAGCAAAAAAGGAAACCAUAUUAAGCAAAUAUGAAAGUAAGAAAACUCUUGAAUUAAAAAAAUAUUCGAAAUAUUUUUUUUUAAAGAGUUUUUUAAAUAGAAUCAAUACAGAACUAUUUGAUUAUGAAUUAUAUAAGAACGUAAAUAAUUUUAAUUAUGUACAAGAAUAUUAUAAAGGAUACGAUCCUUUUGUGUACUCUUCAAAAAAGUCGGGAGGUGGACUAGAACUAGUGAAUACAUAUGAUAACUCGACAACAGUGGAAGAUGAAUCAAAAUCUAGAAAAAAAGAAAUAGAAAAAGAAGAAAAAGAAGAUAAAGAAGAAAAAGAAAAAAUAGAAGAUAAAGAAGAAAAAGAAAAAAAGGAAGAUAAAGAAGAAAAAGAAAAAAAGGAAGAUAAAGAAGAAAAAGAAAAAAAAGAAAAAAUGGAAGAUAAAGAAGAAAAAGAAAAAAUGGAAGAUAAAGAAGAAAAAGAAAAAAUGGAAGAUAAAGAAGAAAAAGAAAAAAUAGAAGAUAAAGAAGAAAAAGAAAAAAAGGAAGAUAAAGAAGAAAAAGAAAAAUAUAAUCAUUCUUCAUCUACAGAUAAACUAAAUAUAGAAGAAAUAUUUUUGGAUAAAGAGGAAAAUCAAAAUGAAGAAGUAAAGAUAUUAAAUAAAGAAAAAAAAGAAAUAAAUAUAAAUAAAAGUGAUUCUAUUAAAGAAAAAGAAAUUAAUAUAUCAAAGGAAAUAAAUUUAGGUGAUAUUGAAGAAAAAAAAGAAAAUACAAAUGAAAGUUUAGGAGAAAAUAUAAAUUCUAAAGAUAUUAUAGUUAUAGAUAAAGGAAAAGAAAAGAAAAAAAAAUUAAUGAAUUACAUAUUUUUUGAGAAUAAUUUUUAUUCUAUUAAUGGGAAAAAUAUUUUAGUUGGUGAUAUUAUAUAUUUAUUUAAAGGAGAUAUGAUACCUGCAGAUGGCAUCCUUCUAAAAAGUAAUAAUAUGAUUGUUGACGAAUCAAACCUUUUAAAAUCAUUUGAAAAAAAAAAGAAAAUUAGCUUUGAUGAAUAUAUAUAUGAAAUAGAAAAAUCCAAAAAAAAAAAGAUAAGUGUUGGUGAAUUGAAAAAAAAGAAAUUAAAUUAUUUUGAAAUACUUAAUCUAAAAGUAAAAAUGAAAUUUAAACAAAUGAGUGAAGAAAAAAAUUUAAAAAAAAAAAAUGAAUUAAACAAAAUGAGAGAAAAUAAGUUACAUAUUAUAAACAAUAAACUAUGUAAAGAAGAAGAAAUGGAAUUGCCAUAUGAAACAAAAUGUGGCAGUGUUUCUAAAAAAAAAGAAGAAAGAAAAUAUAGUAAAAUAAAAUACGAAUUAUUCUCAGAUGAAAGAAAUCAAGAAUACUACCAAAGCAAAAUAGAAAAAAAUGAGGAAAAAAUAGGUAUUGAUUCUGAUGAUUUUAAAAAAUAUGAUUAUUCUCCAUUGUUGUUGUCUGGGUCUAUUGUAAAAAAUGGAAGAGGUAUAAUGAUAGCUACCUGUGUUAGUAAAAACAAACAAAUGUUUCAUAAUUCUAUUAAAAAAAUAGAAGAAAAUACUACAUUAGAAGAAUUAAUAAAUAAUUAUUCAAAGAAUGUUGUUAUUUUAAUAAUUUUUUGUUGUUCCUUAUGUAUUCUUUUUAUAUUAAUACAUUUUAUAAUUAACUUAAUCGAAAAUGAUAUGCAAACGUUUGCAUAUAAUUUGUUAAUGUUUUUAUUAAAUUCUAUAAUAUUAGAAAUCCUGAAAUACUUUUUACUGUCGAUUGAUCAAAUGCCUUUAUUAUUACAAAAUUGUUUAGCAUUGAAUUCAAGUGACAUUAUGAAAGAAAAUUUUAUAAUAAAAAGAAAAAAUACUUUUGAAGAUAUCAUUUUUACGAAUACGAUAUUUAUUGAUAUGGACAGAUACAUAAAAUACAAAUGUAUUUUAUUUUUUUAUAAUAGUGAAUUUUCCUUUUGUUUUGAUAACAUUUUAAUAAACUCUAACAUAAAAAUAGAAAACAACGUUAAGUUAUUUAAUAAAAUAAAUAAUAAAGAAAUUAUAAAUAAAUUUUUUUUUUUUUUAUUAAUUCAAAGUAUACUUACAACUAGUAACUUGUAUCAAUAUAAUGAGCAUUUCUUGGAUAUAGAUUUUUCCUUAUUAAAAUUUCUUAAAUGCUUAGAAAUUAAUCUUGAAGAUUUUUUUAUUGAAAGAAAAGAUAUCUUUCAUAUAGUGUCUAACAAUAGAGAUUACGUUAUUUCAUUAGUUUUUCUGAAAAAAAGUUUAUUUUUAGAUAAGUGGAGUGCAUUAGAAAUAAAUAAAGAAAUAAAAAAUAAUAAUGAAGUGGAUGGUGAGAUAGAGAAAAAGAAAAAAGAAAAAGAUGAAAAAAUAAAUAAAGAAAAUAAAUUAAAUACUUUAAGAAUAUUUAUUAAGGGAUAUGCAAGUUUUAUUUUACCGAGAUGUAGCCAAUAUAUUAAUGGAAACAAUUUGUGCAAAGAUAUAGAGAAAUUGAGAGAAAAGGCUAAUAAAAUUAACGAAAAAAAGGAAAAUGUUGUUUUUUGUUUUGCAUACAAAAAUAUAAAUUUAAAUGAAGAAGAGAAAGAAAAUAUAUUAUUAAAAAAAUAUGAAGAUGAUGAAAAUUUUGAUAACAAAAAUAUUCAUAAAAGCAUAGAUGACACUUACCUAAAACAUUUGCAAUUAAAGGAUUUAACUUGUAUAUCAGUUUUAGUUUUAGAAAAAACAUUAAGUAAACAUUUUUUUUUUGAUUAUAAAAUAUUAGAAGAAAAUGAUUUAACUGUAAAAUUUUUUACAAAAGAAAAUUUAUCAAAAGUUAAUGAUAUAUUUUAUAAAUUUCCCAAAUUUUUUGAGAAUUUAAAAUUAUAUGAUGCAAAAAAAAUAAACCAAAUAAAUAGAUUUGAUUAUUAUGGAAACUUCAAUAAAAUAAGGAAGAAAGAAAGAAUCAAUUUAGAAGAUACAUAUAUAGAAAAUUAUAAAAGUAAUAAUGAUAAUAAUUUUGUCGAUUAUGGUAACUUAUACUCCUAUAAAUUAAAAAAAGAAAAAGAAAAUUUUAACUUUAAAAAUAGUAAAAGUGAAGUUUUAAAUGUAAGAAAAUAUAAUAGUGUUACAGGGAGCUUAUGUAAUGAAGUUAGGUUAGAUAAUACAACAAAAAUUAGUAAAACACAUAAUUUUAUUUUAAGUAAAAAUUUUUUCUACAACUGUUCUCAUAACGAAUUAUUACCUUUAUUGUCAGUAUCUAAAAUUUAUAGCAAAAAUGCUCUAGUAACAAAUCAAAGUGAUUUAGUACAUGAUGGAAUAUGCGAUAUAACAGUAUGUGAUAACAGAAGUAAAGAUAUAAAUAAAGAAAAAUGUGAUAUAAUUAUUUUAAAUAAGAGUUUGUAUGAUUAUAUAAAACUAAAAAGUUUUUCUAAUUGUAUGCUAACAAAUAUUCGAUUAUACAUUGAUUAUAAUAUAACAUUUUAUAUUGUUUUUGUGAUUUUUUCAAUUAUUUCUACUUUAGUUAAUGGCUCAGAGUUUUUAAGCAUUAUUCAAAUAUUAUAUAUUUUUUUAAUUAAAAACGUAAUUUUUCAUUAUAUAUCUUGUUAUAGAAAAUCUUCUUAUAGUACUGGAAUGAAAUUCAAAAGUUCCUACGAUUUUUUCAAAGAAAAAGAUAUGAAUAAUAUCAUAUCAUCUAUUUUAUCGAAGAUUACAAUCCUUUUAAUUGUUUUUUUAUUUGGUCAUCUUUUUAUCCCAGAAUCAAAAUGGGAUUUUGUGCAAGAUGAUAUAAGAGAGCACUUUGAUUUUUCCGAAUUUUCUUUUUUAAAAGAUAAACAAUAUUCUAAUUAUUACUACACGAUUAGAUCAAGUAUUCGUUUUAAAAAAAAUUUAGAAAAUUUAAAAAUUCAAAAUAAUAUUGAUGUUAAAAAUGAUUAUAGGACUAUGAAUGAAUGGGAAUAUCAUAUUAGCCCUAAUAGACAUAGUACUAUUUUGUUUAAUAUAUUUUUUCUUUUCUUCUUUUUUUCUUAUAUACAUAUUUAUAUAAGGUCAUUUUUUGAUGAAGUACAAAUUUACUGGAAUAAAUGUAAAAAUAAUAAAUAUGAAUAUUUCUAUUUGAUAAAAAAUAGGGAAGAUAAACUUCUAUCAACAGAUAUAAACCAAUUAACAAAAGAAUUAAAAAUAAAUAAAGAAAUGGGAUUAGAACAUAAAAGAGAUUUAGAUAACAUAAAAGAUAAAAUCGAUGAAGAAAAUAUUUGUAGUUAUUCUAUUAAUAUAAAACAAGAUUCUAAAGGGAAAAUUAAAGAUAGAUAUUGCAUAUUAAAUAAAAAAAGUUAUUUUAAUGAAGGAAAAAAGGAGCCAAAAAAAGAAAAGACUAAUGAAAAAUGUAAUUUAAUGAAUACAGAAAGAAAUAGGAUGUUAAUUAAUUGUAUUAAGGAUAAUUAUAAAAUAUUCUUAAUUUUUUUUUUUAUUUUAAUAAUACAUAUUAUUGUGAUUCAAUUUGGUUCUUUUUUUUUUCAUUUCCACGUAAAAGGAUUAACCAAAUUUCAAUGGCUUGUUUGUUUUUCAUGUUGUCUUUUAGACUUUUUACUUUAUUUAACUAUAUCUCGGCUUUAUCUUUUUAAAUUAUCUACUAAUUCCUUUAAGUUUUCUCAAUAUUUAUAUGAACCUAGGGAGAAAAAUGUGUUUGAUACUUUGAAUGAUUAUAAAAAAAGUUAUAUGUCCCAAAGAUAUAAAUAUAACCUUAGGAAAACACGUAAAAGCUGGAUAUAG